AAAAUAGUCCUUUAGCCAAACUGUUGUCUGUUCCACUUUUUGUUCACUUUUUCUUGCUGAGCCUGAGAGAGCACAUGCCUGGUAUGCUUGCUGGGAUGGCUCAUACUAAACAAGUGAAGUGCAGCUGAAUGGAACUCCAGAGCUCAUGGAUCUGCUUCACAUCGACGUGGAGACAGAUGCUGUGGACCCCAAGCCCGGGAGAGAGGACCUGCUGUGUUCUAGGAAUGUCCUGAGGAAGCAGCGGCACUGGGAGAAGCAAGUGGCUGCGAAGAAAAGCAGGAGGAAAGAAGAGAAGCUGAGGAGGAAGAUGAAUCGUGAGCUGGAGUCAGGCACUGGCACAGAGCAUCAGUUUACCAAGCGGGUCAUGAAGGCGAUCACUAAAGAGCGUCUAGCUGAGGCUCGGUCCACCGGGCUCAAACUCUGCGUUGACCUCAGUAUGACAGACUGCAUGUCUGAUAAGGAGAUAAGCCGACUGGCAGGCCAGCUGAGGCGUCUCUACGGGUUGAAUAAGAAGGUGACCCGACCGUUUCAUCUUUUUCUGACAGACCUGAGAGAGGACAGUCGCCUCUACAGAGAGUGCGUGCGAAUGAAUGACGGCUUCCUCAACUACACGAUGGAUAUAACAGAUGAAAGCUGUCUGGACCUGUUUCCUCCAGAAUCGGUUAUCUACCUCACUCCAGAUGCUGAAGAAGCGUUGGAAUCAGUGGAUGCUGACAAGGUUUACGUCCUCGGUGGUCUGGUGGAUGAAAGCAUCCAGAAGAAGUUGAGCCUGUCCAGAGCCGGAGAGCUGAGCGUCCACACAGCGAGGCUGCCUAUAGAUGAGUACAUGGUGAAAAAAGACAACGUGAAGAAUUUCCACUCAAAGAUCCUGGCUGUGAAUCAAGUGUUUGACAUCUUGUUGACUUUCUGCGACACCGGCAGCUGGAAGGAAGCUCUGCAGAUGUGGUUUUCUCCAGGGAAGGGUUACGUGGUUGCAGGAGGCGAUUCGCCGCCUCUUCCUGCAACAUAGACUCAUCGCGUAGAAUAAUGACUUCAUUUAAUUUCAUAUCAACUACUGAAACUCCUGUGAAAGGACAUUGAUAGAGAAAGACUCUUCAUGCUGCUGGGGGGAGCUGUGCCUGGUUAAAGAGGACAGCGCGCUGGUGUUCGGUCAUUUUAACACUGACAGAUGUUUAUUAGCUUUAAACCGACUGCAGGGAACACACACAAGAGCAUUUGUGACUCUUUCACUGUUUUUCUAGAGUCUUCAUAGUACCUUUAUUUGUUAUUCUCCAACUUCAGCUUCUGUGAACGGCAGCAUUAUGAGUAUAAUUUAUAUGUAUAUAGAAAGAUAAUUACUAAUUAUAAUUUCUUAAAAUGGACAAACAGUGAAGUGUUUUGCACUGAAAAUCUUUUGCUUUAUAUGAAUGUCUUUGUAGAUACUGUAUUUUUAAACUUCAUGUGUAUAAACAGAUUUUUUAAACAACUCUGGGAUAAAUCUUACUUCUGUAAUAAUAUUAAGUAGAAACGUUUUUUAUUGCAAUUUUACAACCUGGCAGACUUACACAGAAUUAUUUUUAUGUCUCAGAUUGCAAACUACAGCCUUCUGAGUCUUUUUAUUAUCAGUAUUUUAUUUUGACGUAAAAUAAAAUGGCACUUAAAUAUAACUAGAAAACGCAGUGUAAGAUCCAGGAACUGUGCAGGAACUCCAGCGUUAGAUUUAUCAUUAAAUGGUAAAAAUAGUAGGUAGGGUAUAUUUUUAAAAUUGGCUGUGCUGUUUCCAGGAACUCUAUAAUUUAGUUUUAGGGAAAUGUGACUCGCACCACAGCGAGGCUGAGUGUUUAAUUUUCAUUGUUUUCACAGUUAAC